UAUGUGCACUGUGUGCACUGUGCAGUGGUGUUACAGUGUCGUAACUAUUAGCUCUAUGCGUGUUCGUGUUCACAGUUACUCGUAAUCAUUCGUAAUUUAUCAUAAUUUGCGUAUACAAUGUAUAACAUGCGGUCGUGUAGCCACAUUGUAAUGCUACAAAAAGAAAGAACAUAAAUACAUAAAAAGCGCGUUCACCAGAAAAGUCAAGUCUUCGCCAAGUCACGCAAUCGUAUCGGACUGCGACGCGUAGCACAUUUUCAACGCGCAAUACACAGUUGUGACUUUUUUUGAGCUGAAAGCAUCGAGAUUCGAGAUUCAGUCUUUCAAUCAAGCGAUUUUAACCUGUACAAUUGGAACGCGAAGCAGUUAAAGCGAAAGAAUUGCGUACAUUUUGCGGUAGGACAUGCCAGACAGCGGAGCCGUCUAUCAACCGACCACCGUCGGCUACAUGUAUGACAGCCGAGGAGACAGCACCGGUGGCAGCGGUAGACUUAGGCAUGGCUUUUGGCGUAUUAUGUCUAGACACAAGCUCAGCUCCAGAAAGUGGCUUGAAUGGGUACUGCUGUCGGUCGCGCUCUGCUUCUUCGUCGCCGGCCUUACGACUAUGCUGGUCAGCCUCAUCUCUGCGGAUGAUUCGACGCAGACGAAUCAUGCACCGCAGGUAAAACUGGACGAACAUACAACAGUGGCUACAGAUGUGCAGCAGCAUGCUGAGGAUGCGGGGAAAAGUUGCAUAGCGUUAGGUGCUGGAAUGAUGCUGGUCGGUAUACUGCUCAGCUUUAUUUGGGCAUGGUUGAGCUUUUUCAGUCGUAGCAAAUCGCCAAGGAAUGGCAUAACAGGUGGCAGUGGUCAGAUGUUGGGCGGUUUGAAUCCAUCGACUGACUUGCUGGUGGGUUCCACUUCGCAGUACGGGCCAGUACUCACAGAGGUGCCGAGCCAGUUGAAGAUGAAACAAGCCGGCUCACACGACGCGCCAGCUGUGCCGCUCUCUGAUCAAGAGGAAGAGACACACACGCUAAUGCAGGACUCGGCAAGCCCACCGUCUGUCUCUGUUGAAUCUAACACCAUCGCUAAUCAAAUCCCAGGUUAAGUAAAGUUUAAUCAGUCGCUCUCUUAUGCGAGUGAGAGCACACAAGGGGAUUUUGUUUUGAUUUUAUAAAUCUUUUAACGUGUUUCGAAAAGUUUAUUACAAUUUUGUGGAUUGCAAUCUUGCAAAUUAUCUAGUUUAUUUAGCGACUAAAUGUCGCUCUUUUCGACUUUUUAAAAGUCAUGUUAUUCAUGUCUCACUGGCAUCUUUGUGACUUAAAAUGUGACUUUUAUACUUUAAAUUAUUUUUUUUUAGAUUUUUUAUGUUGCAAUUUAAAAAUAUUUAUUUGGACAAGCACAAAUGCAAUUUAAAAGAGAGUUGUAGUAUAUUUAGGCGUUUGUAUAUUUUUUUUGGCUGCUUAUACAUUCCUCCACUCCGUCCAUUAUCAUUAUUAAUACGUUAAGUGAGCAUUGGAUCCAGAUAGAAAAAAAUAUAUUGUAUUCUGAGAUUUCUGAGAGAGACAUUUAUGUUAUGACUAUGUGUGAUUACGUCUCAAUGAUAAUCAUUUUUGAUAAUAAUUUUUAUGUCAAAAGCACAACACAUGCUACAUAAUAUCUUUUAAUUUAUGUUUAUAUUAUUAAAAAAACGUGCGCGCGUGCAUGCUUGGGCAGUUCUGCAAUCUAGGCACAAUGAAAUCAUCUUGAUGUGUUUGCAAUAUUGAUAUGUGAAUAUUGAAAAGUAUAACAUAUCAAUUAGUAUACAUCAAGUAAUCAAUUAGUAUACAUCAAUAAAUCUAAGUUAGUAAUAGUGACAACACAGAUAUUAUUGACAAUAUUAUAUAUUUCUCUUAUUAUAUUUUUUUUAAAUAAGUCAAUAAUUGCCACUGUAAUUAAUACACAAAAAUAUUUAUGUAUAUAUAAAUAUGUAUAAAACGUAGGGCAAAACAUGUGCAAUUUAGGAAAUGAUUGGCUUAAGAUAUUUAGGAUAUUUUUGAGCAAGUGCAUUUUUCAUUGUUUUAAUUUACCAAGGAAAUUUUAUUUCGUGUUUCUAUUUGACUUGUAAUAUAUAUAAAUAUGA